AUUGUUGAAUUGAGGCCCACGAAGUUUCAGAAGCCAAAAAAAAAUUUCCAUGUGAAAAAGGGUCAGACUAACGAAUCUUGUCUCUUCUUAGCUGUCUAGAUUUUCCAUGUUGGUAUAAAUGAGGGACCUGCACUGCCAUUUUGCUCGAGGAGGUAAACCGUCUUUGUUUGCGCGAGUACCUGUGAGUUCUUCUGUUACAGCGUCUCGCUCAAGGUUGGAGGUAAACCAUCUUUGUUUGUGCGAGUACCUGUGAGAUCUUCUGUCAUAGCGUCUUGCUUAAGGUUGGAGGUUGGGGAGAUUGCAGAAAGCAAUCUUCUGAAGAGCGGAACGUGGUUGGCUGUCAGAGCCUCUGAGGGAACCACAAAUGGACACCGAAAUGGGGCAUGUACCGGUUCACAUGGUGUGGGGAGUGUGAGUCUAUGAGCAGUAGCUGCCCAUACGGCAGAAGAGACAAAGCAAACUUUCUUCUUUAACAGGGUACCCUCAAGAUCUCCCCGUUAUUCUUCCAAAUCAUUUGAUCCAUGGAUGCGGUUGAGAUCUCUGCUGAAGCGAAAUGCGAAUGCUUGCUUUUUGACAUGGAUGAUACACUCUACCCCAUGAGUACAGGCCUAAAUGUGGAAUGCCGAAGAAACAUAGAAGAGUACAUGGUGGAGCGUCUUCAUAUGGAAGAGAAAGAAGUGCCAAGGAUGUGCGUAGAACUCUACGAGGAAUAUGGCACAACAAUGGCUGGUCUCAAGGCUUUGGGUUUUGAAUUUGACAAUGAUGACUUUCAUCAGUAUGUUCAUGGCAGACUGCCUUAUGAAAAUCUUAAACCAGACCCUGUUUUGAAGACCUUGCUGCUUUCAAUGCCACAGCGCAAAAUGAUUUUCACCAAUGCAGAUAAAGCCCAUGCUGCAAGAGUUCUUCGUAGGUUAGGACUAGAAGGCUGUUUUGACAGAAUCAUAUGCUUCGAAACACUUAAUCCUUCUGAAAUUCAGGCUGCUUCAGACAGUUCUUUCCUCCUUGAAAAUGAAAAAAACUGUGCCCAUUCAGACGAUUCAUCAGCAUCUGAAAGCAUUGAAUCAACUAAAAGAAGAUGCCCACGCAUACUUUGUAAACCAUCCAUAGAAGCAUUCCAGGCUACGAUAAACAUUGCUGCCAUCAACCCUGAAAGGACUAUUUUCUUUGAUGACAGUGCCCGAAAUGUAGCCUCAGCCAAGAAAAUUGGUUUUACUACUGCAAUAGUGGGCAAAGAAAUGCUGGUGCCUGGUGCAGAUUUUGCUGUCAACAGCAUUCAUAACAUCAGGGAAGCAUUAACUAUGUUACGUGAGCAUGGAAAAGAGGAACAGAUAGAACAAGUUCUUCCACCUAGAGGAGUUGAAACAGCAGUCCUUGCAUAAGUGUUUUGUAUGACCUUACUAAUUUUCAUCAAGUGAAAAUAGUGCUCUUGCAGUUUUUAAUCAUUUGGAAAGGAAACUUUCUGUGAUUCCUAUACCAAGGAUAAUUUAUAAGAAAGUAUUUGAUCAGUUUCUAAUUAA